AUGACCACAUCCAGACUCCAGUUCCAAAUCAACAGUCUCCAAACAGAGAAACAACUCCUAGAACAGAAUAGACUAUCCAUGGCUGAACGUUACGAACAGACCAUCAAGGCCAAGAACGACCGAUUGGCGUCACUCCAAGCCAACUUUGAUUACGUGUUGGACCAGAAGAAGGAACUAGAGUCAAAGUGUGACAACCAACUCCAGAUCAGUUCCAAAAAGGCAGAGUCAACAGAUAAGUUGAUUGUGGAAUUGGAGUCUGAAUCCAAGGAGUUGAAACAGACUGUUCGUCAACACGAGAGUACAAUUUCUCACCUAUCCACAAAGCUUGCACUGGUGGAAUCAGAUGUCAAUGUGGAGAGGAAUUUGGGUCUUGAGUUAAAAGGCAGGAAUAAGACUUUAAAUGAAGAAAUUGAACGGUUAUAUGAGACAAAUCAACAGCUUUUAACUCAGGCUAAUACCAAUGCCAAUUCAAUGAGUAUCAUAGAUAACUUACAUUCAACCAUUGAGUCAUUGCAAAAGGAAAACAACCAGUUGAAACUAGAAAAUUCAAAAUUGCUUCAAGAAAGGACUUCUAUUGAAGUCCUCAAGCAAAAGAAUAUCACCUUGACUGAGAAAUUACAAGCAGCCGAAAUGUUAGAAGAAAAGUGUUGUAAAUUAGAGAUUGAGAACAUCGAACUAAACCAAAAGUUCGAUGAUGUUUUCCAAGUUAUAACAGAAACUGUUGAAAAUUUUGAAAAAAAAUCAAGUGCUUCAUUGGUUUAUGAUUUCUUAACCCAAUUCACUCACUUGAAGAACGAGAAUCUCGUUCUACAAGAUAAAUUGAAUAUUCAACUCACAGAAGGACAAGAAAGAAGACAUGAAUUGGCAUCAUUAAUGCAAGAUUUAGACCAUUUUAAAUCAGAAUAUACAGAAAUUGACAUGAUCCUAAAGAAGAAAGAUGAAACAAUCACACAAUUAGAAAAUCAAUGUCAAUUGAACCUAAAGGAAAUACAAUUCUUGAGGAAAUCUCUUCAUGAUGAUCAGCAUUAUAAUUUGCUGCUGGUGACGAGCAAUAAUAAUACUAACCCUGCAAUAGAUGAAUAUCUUUCUAAAUUGGAGAAAUCUGUGGACAAGCUUCGAAGCGAAAAUAAUAACCUCAGGAAACAAUCACAGCAACAAUUGUCUUCUCCUAUUUCCGGAAUGAAACGUGCUAGAUCGGAUAGCAAUAGUACCACAAGCGAGAGUUCUAUCAAAAAACUUCAAAAGGAUAACAUUGAACUUUCCAUCACCGUUGAAAACUUGAAAACACAAGUCAAUCAAUAUAAGAAGAAAGUAAAACAUUUUGAAGAUAGUCAAAAGAAAAAGAAGGAAUUAAAUGUCUUACAAUUGAAAUUAAAUCCUAUAAGCAAAGAUCAGUUUGUUAAGCAACAAGUAUUGUCCGCUUUGCGGAAAGAAAAUGAAGAGUUAAUUUCGAUGUACAUAAACAAAGCGAUUACAGUCAAUGACUUAAUACCUAAAUCAAUAUUUGAAAGACAAGAAAUCGAUAAGCAAAUCCUUCAGUCCAAAAUUGAUCAAUUAUCGAAACGUUUAACAAGAUUAAGGGAUACUUAUGCACAAAAGAGCAAGGAUAUUUUGAGUAUAGUAUCAAAAUAUUUUGGAUAUGUGAUUGAAUUUCUUCCAUCUCCAUUGAAUCCUCAUGAUUUGACUUCAAGAUUGAAGCUUACUCCUAAAUCUAUACAAGCAAUCGAUAAAUCAUCCUAUGUGAUUAUUGAUUUAGAAUGCAAGAAUUUGAAAGCUUACGGUAAUCAUGUGUUCAAACAACUAUUUGAUGAGAUUGACCAAGAGAUUGACGGUGAUCCUACAAAGCAAAUACCCUGUUUAUUAUCUGCGAUUACCUUAAAGGUCCAUGAGAAAUAUAAAACGAAAUAA